AUGCAUCAUGCUUUUGUAUUAAGUAUUUUUUCCUCAACGUUUUUAGUAUUAACCAUAUUAUCGGAAACAACAGGAGAUCCAGGAUCACAGACACUUAGUCAUUUACAACAGGAUGAUAUGCCAUCAUCAUCAUCGUCAAUCCAAGGAAGUACUCAGCAACAAUCCGCCAUGAUUCCAAACGACGUGGAAGAAGAAAAACAAUUUUGGAAAAACGGUUGGACUAAAAAAGGAUGGAAAGAUUUACAAAGCGGUGGAUGGGGUAAAAGAGGGUGGAAAGAUAUGCAAAGUAUGGGUUGGGGUAAAAGAUCUUGGGGAGAUUUACGUAACGGUUGGGGUAAAAGAACAUGGCCUUUAGCACAGGAUUCAUGGAGUAAAAGAGCCUGGAACGAUUUAAAAGGAGGUUCUUGGGGUAAAAGAGACUGGAAUCAAUUUAGAGGCGGUUGGGGUAAAAGAAAUGAUAACAGAUAUUAUUACAAUGACGAACAAUUAUCAUCCGAUAUAUACGACGAUUUAGAUAAUAAUAAUAAUAAUUUUGAUGAUGAUGAUGACGUUAUGGAUGAUGAUGAUUACAUCAACAACAACGAUGAUACUACUAAAAGAGCCUGGAAUAAUUUAAAAGGACAAUGGGGUAAAAGAGAUUGGAAUAAUUUUAGGGGUUCUUGGGGUAAAAGAGAUCCGGCUUGGCAUAAUUUAAAAGGUUUAUGGGGUAAAAGAUCCGUUGAUAGUAAAUGGGCAAAACUUCAAGGAGGUUGGGGUAAAAGGUCAACAGGAGGAGGUAAUAUUAUUAUUAUCAUUUGA